GGAGGAGAGGGAGGAAGCGGAGGUGGCAGCUGCUGCGGCGGUGCGGGGGUGCUCGUCGCGGACCGGGCCAGGGAGUGAGGUGCGGGCUGCCGGGUCGGUGGGCUGGGCGGCGGGCCCGGCGGCCGCCCCCGCGCCGCGCCCGGCGGCCCGAUGUGGCUGCAGCAGCGGCUGAAGGGGUUUCCGGGACUGCUGUCGAGCAGCUGGGCCCGCCGCCUGCUCUGCCUACUCGGCCUCCUGCUGCUGCUGCUGUGGUUCGGGGGUUCCGGGGCGCGGCGGGCGGCGGGCGGCCUGCACCUGCUGUCCUGGGCCCGCGGCAAGCCGGGCGCCGCCGAGCCCUCCGCCUGCCUGGAGGCGGCCACCCGCGUCUGGCGCGGCCUGCGGGAGCGCGGAGAGGCGAUACCGCUGGGCCCUGGAGUGCCUGCCCUGGUGGCCAACGGCUUUCUAGCCGUGGACGUGGCCGCCAACCGGCUGUGGGUGACCCCGGGGGAGCGAGAGCCCGCUGUGGCACCGGACUUCGUGCCCUUCGUGCAGCUGCGCCCUCUGAGUGCACUUUCUGAAGCUGAAGAGUCAGUGCUGCUGCUGCGUGAAGGGCUGCUGCGCCGGGUGCGUUGCUUGCAGCUCGGAGCCCCAGGUUCUGGCCCUGCGGCCGCGGUCCCUGGGCCCGCGUCGGCCUCUGGCCUUGUCACAGGAUCCGGCCGCGACUGCGUGCUGCUUCAAGAGGACUUUCUGGCGCACCGGGGCCGACCGCACGUCUAUCUGCAGCGCAUCCAGCUCAACAACCCCACGGAGCGUGUGGCCGCGCUGCAGACCGUGGGGCCCACCGUCGGCCCGGUCCCCAGAGCCUUCACCAGUACCCUGGAGAAGGUCGGAGACCAUCAGUUCCUCCUGUACUCUGGCCGGUCCCCGCCUUCUCCCACGGGGCUGGUGCACCUGGUGGUGGUGGCCGCCAAGAAGUUAGUGAACCGGCUCCAAGUGGCUCCGAAGGCACAGUUGGAUGAGACGGUGCUGUGGGUGGUGCAUGUUUCAGGCCCCCUUAACUCCCAGGUGCUCAAAAGCAAAGCAGCCAAGGAGCUCAAGGUGCUCCAGGACUUGGCACGGAGGGAGAUGCUGGAGCUCUUGGAAAUGCCAGCAGCUGAGCUGCUUCAGGACCACCAGCGCCUCUGGGCUCAGCUCUUCAGCCCAGGUGUGGAAAUGAAGAAGAUCACAGAUGCCCAUACCCCCUCUGGCCUCACCGUGAACCUGACGCUGUACUACAUGCUCUCCUGCUCAUCGGCCCCACUGCUCAGCCCUAACCUGAGCCAUAGGGAGCGAGACCUGAUGGAGGCAACGCUCAACUAUGAAGAUCACUGCUUCAGUGGCCAUGCCACCAUGCAUGCUGAGAACCUCUGGCCGGGCCGGCUGUCCUCUGUCCAGCAGAUCCUGCAGCUCUCUGACCUGUGGAAGCUGACCCUGCAGAAACGUGGCUGCAAGGGGCUGGUGAAGGUGGGUGCCCCAGGCAUCCUACAGGGCAUGGUGCUCAGCUUUGGGGGGCUGCAGUUCACCGAGAAUCACCUCCAGUUCCAGGCUGACCCCGACGUGCUGCACAACAGCUACGCCUUGCAUGGCAUCCGCUACAAGAACGACCACAUCAACCUGGCCGUGCUCGCGGAUGCUGAGGGCAAGCCGUAUCUGCACGUGUCCGUGGAGGCACGUGGCCAGCCCGUCAAGAUCUACGCCUGUGAGGCAGGCUGCCUGGACGAGCCUGUGGAGCUGACCUCGGCACCCCAGGGCCACACAUUCUCGGUCAUGGUGACACAGCCCAUCACGCCCCUGCUGUACAUCUCCACCGACCUUACGCACCUGCAGGACCUGCGGCACACACUGCACCUCAAGGCCAUCCUGGCCCACGACGAGCACAUGGCCCAGCAGGACCCUGGGCUGCCCUUCCUCUUCUGGUUCAGUGUGGCCUCCCUCAUCACCCUCUUCCACCUCUUCCUGUUCAAGCUCAUUUACAACGAGUACUGUGGGCCUGGGGCCAAGCCCCUCUUCAGGAGCAAGGAAGAUCCCAGUGUCUGAGUGAACCAAUGGUCCCGCUUUCAGCCACCAUUUGCACAAGACACCCAGCACUGAAGGUCCUGCUGCUACAGACAAGGGAUCCUUUGAAAGCACCCGCCCUUUUGUGCCUUGCUGGGGACACACCAGUGACGCAGAAGCACGUGUGGAUGCUCAGGAGUUUGCAUUGGGGAGCGGGAGGGGAAGGGCCAGUGGACUUUUUGUAAGCUUUCGACUCAAUAAAAUGACCCACUAUGGAAAAUACUUGAAAUUGAACUCACUCCUUCCACCUUCCCCCUUUCUCUGUCCCAGGAAAUAGGUCCUCUUUGAAAAGACUCUUGUCUAGGAAAAAUUGUGUUCUUUCCUGACUGAAUUUUUUAAUUUAUUGCUGAGAUACUGCUGGCUGGCUUUCACAUACACUUUAGACAGUGAAUCUUGGCAGUGAUUUCUGAGCGAUGCCACCUUGGCAGCAUCGGAGGCCCCGCUGGCUGCCUGCACGGAGGGUGCGGUUCGGGUCGUCCUGGAGGUUGCACCUUCUCUCUUUCUUGAGCCUGUGCAGAUCUGUGGUUUUGUACUUCUGGGCUUUGGGGGAGGCGUUUACCUUUCUAGUGAUCGAUGAUUGUUGGUUUUGAAAUACCAAAGCUUUCUUUGUUCUGUUUUUAAAUAAAUCUUUCAAACUUC